UAGUUGUAGUUCUAUCAGUUUACUAUUCCAUGUUGUAAAAUUCAGAGACAGCUGACAGAGUCAAGUCCGAUUUUUUCAAUUGUUAAUGUUAACAAUUGUUAAUUGGGUUAAUUGUAAGAAUUAUAACGUGCGUGUAAACCUGUUUUCGCAAAUUUUGAUAAUUAUACACUCUGCGAAGACGGAAAUUUUAAAAUAUGAAUUCUUUCAAGAUGGGAAGAUUUUUGGCGAAUGAGUGUUAUGUUUGUAAAUCCAGAGACAAAUUAAAAAGAUGUGAAUGCAACAUGAUUUACUAUUGCUCUGAGAAUCAUCGAUUAGAACAUUUGCCAUUUCAUGAAAGUUUUUGCAAAGUAAUUAAGGAAUUAUUAAAAGAGAAAAAAGUGUCACACAUUUAUGAAGAGCUUAAAAUUCUAAGCGGAGACGCUUGGAAAACAAAAAAAUUGCAAAUAUUAAAUGAAAUAAAACAAAAAUUAGGAAGAACCAUGAGUCCUUUAGAACAUUCAAUGUUUAAACGUCCGCGAAUAUGUUUCGUUUGCCGUCAAGCAAGACAAGAAGAUUUAACAAAUUGUCCUGAUUGUCCAGUGGCAAGUUUUUGUAAAAAUCAUCCUCAAGAUGAAAUUCACAGUAUGAAUUGCAAAGUGAUGAAUCAAUAUUUAAACAUUUUGAACACAGCAGAGGAAUUAAACAUUGACUUGGAAUUUCUCUCUCCUACUUUUCCAUGUAUUAGAAAUAAGGGAAACAGAAUUUUUGGCGAACUUACACGGACAUUCCAUGUAAUUGACAUGAAGGAAAGAUGUUUAAAAUCGAGAUUAUUGAAAAUGGACCUUAUUAACUUUAUGGAUGCAGCUUCGAAAAUUAAUAGUGCUUUACAAAAAGUACACGAAACGAUUCCAGACGAAUUGACAAUUCAUAUCGAUGCCCUUUCCUACGAACACGCAAUUACAAAAGAAAAUUAUUGGGAAUUUCUUUUGCAUCUCAAUCCACAUAUAAAAAAGUUAAAAAUUGUUACAAUUGCAACCAAAAAUUGGUCCAAUUUAGAGACGUCUCUUUGUCAAAAUUGUCAUUCAGAGGGAAAAGAAUUAAUUGUUGAAUAUUCGUCAAAAACUUACGACGAUUACAUGCUGGAUGAAAAUUAUCAAGAACCAGAUAUUCUGGUUUACGUGAAAAUCGUCGAUGAGUGUAAUUCUGAAAAACGAAAUAAGUGGAGUGAACUUAACUGUCCCGUCAUUUUGCGAUUUGACACAAAUUCGAUCUUUUGUCAAACAUUACAAUUUCUCUCGCUUUCAACAGCGAAGUUUGAAUUUAUUUACGAGGGACAAUUUAAAACACCAUUCGCUACAUUGUCGUCACUUGAAAACAAAGACUAUUUUAUAAUUUUGCAAACAAAGGAGAACAAAGUUCUUCAAAAAUCUUUUGAUGCAGUAACAGGCGAAAUUACCGAGGACAAAAUCGCUACAAACACUACUAAAAAUCUCUCAGAUGUUGAAGAUAUUGAUUUAGAAAUUCUUAAAUGCGUCGAAAGUAAUUCAAAAGAUGAUUCGAAAAGUACUCCGUCAGAAUCAAAAAACAAUUCUGACAAUAACGAAAAUUCAAAGUUGGAAAAAAACGAUAAUCAAUCUGCUUCCACUUCUUACAUCGAUUCAAACAAGAUUAUAGUAAUUGAAAAAGAAAAUACAAACACAAACGAAACCGAGGAGGAGAAAAAUUGUGAUAAGGAAAAGACGGAAAUUAAAGAAUCGAAUAAGGAAGAAAAAACCGUAGAUCGUGUGACACUUUCUCCAUCAUCAUCUGUACGUUCAUUUGUCAUUAUUUCGGAACCCGGAGAAGAGGAGGAAGAAAAAAUUUUUAAAAACUCAGAAACAGAAGAAAAUGGAAAAUAUUUAAAGUCUGUCGCCAAUAAAUUUCUCGUUCCAAAUGGUAAAGGGCGAAAAAAUACGGAAGAGGACAAUAUGGAGAAGAAGAAUAUAGAAGAGCGCAAAGAAAAGAAAAAUGAUCAAAAAAUUCUCGUCAAUUCGGAAAGUUUCGAAAAGAAAACGGAUAAUUCUUCUCAGUCCGAUGUAAUAGGACAUGGUUCAUAUCUUGAAAAUGAAAACGAAGAUUUGCGACAACAAUUAAAUUUGGCAUUCAAAGAAAUAACGAAACUACAAACAAAAUUCGAUCACGUUUGUUUUCAAUUGAACAAAAAGGAAAAGGUAAUAAAGAAUUUAUUACGCGUUAUUGUCAACUUUGAAGACACUGAUUCAGUGUGUGAAGCGAACAAAAUUUAAAUCCGUUACGAAAAAACUCUUUUAUUUUUUGUCUUUAGAAGACAAUUUUUUGUUUUUAUUUUUUGAAUUUGAAAUUCAAAUACUAAUUUCUUUUUUACUUCCUCUUUUACAUUUUCAAUGAUU